GAAAGACUUGAGCUGAUCCCAUUGGCUCCACCCUUAAUUUUCUUCUGGAGUUCCCUUGGCAACUUCUUCCAAUUGCUCUGUGCACGCUGCUCUGAGCUCAGUAUGCCCACCGCUUCCCAGAGCGGUACGAGUUGCAUGGAUGUGUCCAUUGGGAAGAAUACGUGUAGGAGUACUUCGGGACACAGCGGGGCUCAGGACGGGGGAUGACUUGUGGGGUCCAGCUCCAUCCCACAGCCAUGUCCUGCUACGAUCUGUGCCGUCCCUGUGGCCCCACCCCACUGGCCAACAGCUGCAACGAGCCCUGUGUGCGCCAGUGCCAGGACUCCCGCGUGGUGAUUGAACCAUCUCCUGUGGUGGUGACCCUGCCUGGACCCAUCCUCAGCUCCUUCCCCCAGAACACCGCUGUGGGAUCUUCAGCAUCUGCUGCUGUUGGCAACAUCCUGAGUGCUGAGGGUGUGCCCAUCUCCUCUGGUGGCUUUGGCAUCUCUGGCCUGGGCAGCCGCUUCUCUGGCAGGAGAUGCCUGCCCUACUAAGGAUGAGAUGGAUGUCCCAUGAGCCCAUUGCCAGGAAGCCCAAAUCCAGGUGCUGGACUGAGGAUGGAGCUGUUGGCCAGUGUUUCUAGAUGGGCUGAGCAAAUUCAUGCCCUUCUGCAAAGCAGAGAUGGAAGCCAGGUUGCCAGUUCGUGCUUUCUGGAAACUCAGCCAGCAGAUGUCUUCUUCUCCCACUUUCUUCUCAUCAUCAUGAGUCCUUGUUGUCUCCUGCUGUCCUGUGCCAUGGGUUUAUCCUGAAGCAAGUUAAGAUGGCUCUGCUUCUUUGUUUUUUUCUCUCAACAUAUGAGGGAGAAAGAUAUGCAUCUCAUUUUGGUGAGGGGGGGGGGGGGUAAGAUCCCUUUUUCCAUGCACUGUUUUUUUUUUUUUCUAUCUUCAGACUCAAUAAAAUUUAUGCUGCAUUGUAAUCUCAGUUUGUGUUUCUUCAUUGCUGGGAUGCCCAGCCAUGCUCUCCAAGGUGAAAUGUGAUGUCCUGGAGUGUAAAGUUCAGUUCUCUUCCCAGAUCCUCCCUCUAUGCCUACACCCCUCUUGCUGAUUCCUCAACAAUGCAGAAGUUGCUACACAGUUGCUG